UGCCACCUGCAAAGCGUGCACCCCCGUGUUCAGCAAUAAUGGUAUAGUCUACACUGCCGCACACCAUUGGUUGACGUCGUAGAGACCAUGCCAUACUCGCUGGCGUCUUUGCAUGCAUGGUUCUUCAAAUGGUAGUGGUUACUGUGAAAGCUGCCUUACAGAGCGAGCGGAGAAUCACCUGAGUUUGCGAGGACCAUGGAAGGACAGAGCAGUGCCACAACAGCGUCACCCCAUCCUGUGCCGGUGGAUGAAAUGAGAUCGACAAGAGACAGCACUGCAGCACAAGAGUCUGAUAGGGGAUAUGAAUGCUGUGACUGGGCGGGUACAGACAAGAACGUUCCAGAGUGUGAGACUGGCAACAAAGGAGCAAGUACAUCCUGUACUCCUAGUGUAGGAGAAAUAAGAUCCCAACAUGAUACAAUUGUAUAUGUCUUACAGGAUGUUCAGUCCAAUAAGAUGGUGAUACAAGUACCUGUGAUUGCAGAUGAGUCAGGGGUUAUAAAUUGUGCUGAAUCAGGACUUGCAGAAUCCAAGGACACGCCUACAGUUGUCAGAGAUCCUCAAGCAAGUUCUCUGACUGGGCCCGACUGUGAUUCUUUAGAUGUACCAGAUAAGGCAGGAAACAAGUCAUCAACUUAUGAUGUAACUGAAUGUUCAUCACAUGUUGAUCUUGUUACAGGGGAAUCUCAUAGGGACAAAACUAUUACUGUAUUGUCCACUGACACACAUAAUCGUACAACCAUAGUUGAAUGUAACUCAAGAUUCAUCCCUCAAGUAGAUCUUACACAAACCACAUCAUGUACCAAAAACAGUUCGCCCCAAAGAGAUACAGAAGCACAGAAGGAAGGCAAUCUUGGCCACCAUUUACUUGAUGCUGCAGUCAGAGGAAAAUGUGUUAGCACCUCUGGUGAUAGUCUUCUGUCAGAAACGACAAAUGACAAACAAAUCUUGGAAGAUGGAAAGGAAGGAGAAAAAAGUUUGGGGGUAGCAAGAAUAGGAACUGGAGGAGUUGAAGACAAAGUAAAAACAGCACAUAAACUCCUGAUGGCAGCUUCGUCUUGUCAGUCAGGCUCGCUUCCACCAUUUUCUUUGAGUAUGUUAAUCACUGAUCGGAAACAACAAGGGCAAACUAAGAAAGGGGCCUGGGGUCGAAGUGGUCUGUUCAACAAAGAGACCAGUACAGUCAUCAUGAAAAGGAGUACAGAACUAUCAGAAAACCAAAAUGUUUUUGAGGAAGGGCCACAUGCUGCGCAGCCAGAGGAGCAACAGCAGAUGUUAAGUUGUGAUACAAAGGUCUUGAGUCACAACGAGGAACAAGCAUUAGGCCAUGCACCCAAGGGUCACCCAGAGAUGGAGAAAAAGUCAGAGUCAGGAGGUAUCCCAGCUGAUGCUGCAUGUGAAGCCAAAGACGGUGACUCUGGGCUGAUCUUUGUGGAGCCUGGAAAGAAAAGUGAACCCUUAACAGAAGAUGAAGACAUGGAAGAGGCAGGGUCAGGCAACAUGCACGUUGGACAUCCAGAUUGUUCAUCUGCCAAUGCGGUGAAGGCUACAGAUGUUGUAACCUGGGAACGAAGCCUACCAAAGGUAAAGGACAACAGGUGGGAAGAUUACAUAGGCAACAGUGAGGAAAAGUUGAUGGAAGAGGAUAUGGGAUCGACAAAAGGAAAAACUUCCAAAUCCAUUGAAGUCAGUACCGGCCUAGAUGAAAAGAUGACAGCAGAAGAAAAUAUGCCAGAGGUGGGAAAUUCUGAGUCAACAUCGAACAAGUCUGAGGCAUUUCCCAGGGAAGCUAACAGAAAGAAGAGUUACAGUCAGAACACCUGUUAA